UUGGUACGAGCAUCUACAAAAUGACCGCAACAGACUCAGAUAAGGGCGGUCACGGUGAUAUUCGCUAUAACAUCCGGAAUGGCAACACCGGCGUCGCAUUUUCUAUUAACCCCUUCACAGGGGACGUCUUCGUCGCCAACAUUCUGGAUUUUGACAGCGGCACAACGUCCUACACGUUGCGCAUAGAGGCUGACGACACGGCAUCUACUCAGGCAGACACGAAAACGGGAACGGUGACUUUGACAAUAACGUUGACAGAUUCAAACGACCACACGCCCAAGUUUAACAUUAGUUUGUACACAACAACACUAAACGAAAACGUGCCUAAUCCGACUACUGUUUUAACGGUCCAGGCAACCGAUACAGACACCGGAAGCAACGGCGGUAUUACUUAUUCAAUAGAAGGUGGAACGGGAUCGACCUUGUUUUCAGUUCAUGCAACUACUGGUGUUGUAAGCACUCAGGCAACCAUCGAUUAUGAGGUCAACAUCGAGUACGACCUAAUUGUGAAAGCUGUAGAUGGCGGAACUACGCCUCUGUCCGCCACGUGUUUUGUCAGAAUCACAAUUAACGACCUGAAUGACAACAUUCCGAAGUUUCCUGCUGCGAAUAUUGCCGUGGAGAUUGCAGAGUCCACGGCAACUAGCACAGUUGUCACUACGGCCGUUGCACGGGAUGUGGACUCUUUAACCAACAAUAACAAUGUUGUCGUUUAUUCGAUAAAUCCAAUAUCAUCAAAAUUUGUAGUUCACCCAUCUACUGGAGUCAUAACAACAAAUGAUGCGUUUGACAGGGACACUGUGGCGAGUCACACAAUUAUUGUGUAUGCAACCGACCAGGGCACGUCCCCGCGACAAAACACUGCAACCAUCACGUACACAAUCAGUCUCAUAGACGAGAACGAUAACGACCCCAUGAUCCAGAAUGCGCCCUUUGACGACACUAUCCCAGAAAACACGCCUCUUAACACAGUAGUUUUCACAGUAAACGUCGGAGACAUAGAUUUUGACCGGAACAAAUCAUUGACGUAUUCGAUUUUAAACGGUAAUACAGGCUCUGACUUUAAAAUCGACCCUUCGUCAGGAUUAAUCUGGGUCGCCAAUACCCUCGACAGGGAAAGGACAGCAAAGUAUGAUAUGACAUUGAAGAUUGUGGACAAUGGUUUGACUCCUAGAUCCACAACCAUAACGGCAACGGUGACAAUAAGCGACAUAAACGAUAAUAAUCCAAUAUUCACGUUAACGACUUAUCAGUUUACAGUCUCGGAACAUGUUCCGGCGAGAACGCUAAUCAAUAGCGUUACGGCAACCGAUGCUGACAUUAAUCUUAACGGAGCGGUUACGUUCGAAGUGGCCAACUUCAUAACCGGCAACAGCAACCAUAUCACGCUGGACGCUUCUAGCGGUGCCUUAACCACUGCAACAACUCUGGACCGGGAGGCCAUGGACUUGUACGUGCUUGUGAUCAGGGCAAAGGACGGCGGUGCAGGACCGCUAACAGCUACCGCGACCGUUUCCAUCAGAGUUCUGGACUAUAAUGACAAUGCACCAACGUUCAGUUCAGCGCUCUACGUGGGUACAGUCACUGAAAAUACUGUCGCCGGAACGAGUAUUCUCACCGUUGUUAUUGAUGAUCUGGACAUUGACAAUAAUGAUGACAUAACGCUCUCCAUCAGUGAUACAAACGCCGAUAUGUACAUCGCGGCUAAUUCAACAACAUAUGUACUCUCUGUGAAAACGCCGAUAGAUCGCGAGGUGUUCACUCAGUUCGAGUUUGUUCUGACGGCGACAGACGCAGGAACGCCGGCAUUGACAGCGACUACUACAGUUCGCAUCACUGUUCUCGACGUAAACGAUAACGAACCGCUAUUUUCACCUACCUUCUACAACAGCGAGAUCGCCUACAGUGACGACUGCCAGGUCACAAUAACGACUUUGACGGCAAGCGACGCAGACGAAGGCGUUAAUAAAGACUUUACAUUUUCAGUGACGCAGAAUGACAACCCAGAGUUGUUUUCUUUGGAUGCAAAUACAGGCGCUGUAUCACUAAUUGCAACGGCAUCAGCAAAUGAAAAAUACAAGGUUUUCGCAGCCGCUACUGACGCCGGGACGCCGUCAAAGACGUCCACCACUGGGGCGACGGUGCGCAUCGAUGCGUACAAUCCGAACUCUGUCGUCCUCAACUAUUACAUGGCAAUCACGAGGACGACCUUUCUGACAAUGAAAACUACGUUUCUUACGCAACUGAGGACGGUAUUUAGACAGACGCACGCGACAUCAGAGACAAAAAUAUGGUGCAUCGUCGAGGAAACGUCCACGUCGUGUAUCGUCCGUUCGUACGUGAUAAAAGACGACACAGCGGACACGCUGGCGGAGAUCGCCAACACUAAGAAUUUUCUGACGUCAGACGAAGCGUAUGCUAUCGCUGCCAAGGACACCUUUGGAACACCGGCUAACGACAUCACAGGUCCUGGCUGGACGGCGUUCUCAAUCACGAAGGUUGAGAAGUACUACGAUCCCGACCCGCCGACGCCGUGGAUCGAGACCACUGCCGGCAUAGUCACUGUUGCCGUCGUCGCCAGCCUCCUCUUCCUGAUCCUCUGCGCCGUCAUCGGCGUCGUACUCUACAAGAUGCGUCAGCGGGAAACUGCCAAAAUCAAACGUAUAGAAGAAAUUGAAAAACGCGAAGACGCAAAUGCCAAGCGGCAAUUUAAGCCAAAACCCACAGAAGGCAUGAUCAAGCCUUACGACAAGACCCAUCCGCCACCAGCAGUUGUCGCUCUUCCACUUCCAAAAGUGCCCAAACAUCCGGCACCUCGUCCACCUAGGAAUGAGGACCAAGGUUCGAACAGCAAAUCUCAAACUAAUACCCCCAGCAAAAUUGACGACGAAAUUCCGACAAAAAUGACCAAACCUUCGCUGCUCGAACCCCCAGACGAAAAGAAGACUGGAAGCCAUGUUUCACACAAUCGCGUUAGCCCAACGAAUCUUUCAACGCGACCUAAGCCAUCGAUGCCGACUAUCACCGCCGAGUCCCCUCCGCCAAGAAACAACUCGAAUACCGCAUUCACGCCGACCAUGUCCCCGCUGGAUCCAGAUUACGUCAUUCUGAACCGUGUAUUUGACGGACGAGCUAUAGACCCAGUGACCGGUCGUGUGUAUGAGUACAACACGCAGACGAACGAACGCCGAUGGUUAAACACGCCUGAUGGACAGCAGGUCCAGCGUCAGUUGCCAGAGCACAGUCGUGGAAAGGUUGAUAUUGGGAGACAGCGAGAGUGCGAUCCCAGUCGGCAGGGGCUCAUAGAAGCAUGGGGUCAAGUAGAGCGAAACACUGGGCGUUCAUGGUCGUCAUUGCAGUGCUUUGGAUUCCAGUUCCGUUCUACACCAGUCUUCACUGUCCCCGAUACCCCUUCUGGCAAGACGUACACUAUAAACGAAAACGUCGUCAUAGGAACGCUGAUUGAUACGCUUAGUGCCACGGACGCCGGCAACGGAGUUAUCGCGUUCUCAAUACAGACUCAAACGCCAUCGACACCUUCAAAUGCGACUAGUAAUGCUGCUGCAAGUGGAACGGCGACGGCCACUGUCACCGUCAGCGUCGCCGACGUUAACGACAACAGACCAGUAUUCUCCUCUGAUAUCUACUUUGCUUCAAUAGCGGAGAACACGGCGUCGGAAAUCGAGGUUGUGCAGUUCACCGUCACGGAUGCGGACGGAUCUGCCAUUAAUACCACCAUCACGUCGGGGGAUGACCCAACAGCGAAAUUUGCCGUCGACGGUAACGUAAUCAGAACGACUACAACCAGCGUCGACUAUGAAGCCUUGCGUGAUUCCAACUAUCGCUAUAAACUUACGCUGGUAGCGACUGACGGGGCGCUUGCAGCAAUGGCCACUGUUAUAGUAACUAUAACCAGUGUGAAUGAGGCGGCCCCAAUAUUCCAAACAGCUGUCUUCAGUCCGGCCUAUACAAGUGCUACGACGCCCUACAACAUUCCGGAAGACGCGGCCGUCGGUACCACAGUAGUCAAAGUGGCCGCAACAGAUACGGAUGACGGGGUGGACGGCCAGAUAAUCUUCACCUUAGGAUCAGUCACAGAAAGCACAGGUGGAACCGUCGAUGAAACCUUCCACAUUGACAAGGUUUCUGGAGUACUGACGACCAUAACAAACACACUGGACAGUGACAACGGGCUUCAAUAUUAUGACGUCAUCAUUAUUGCGUCAGACCAGGGUGCUUCAAAGAGGACUGCCAGCAUUACCGUACGCGUCGGAAUAACUGAAGUCAACGAUAACACGCCUGCCUUUAGCCAGAACGUGUACACUAAAAGUAUCGUCGAAACACUGACUGUUGGUUCUUCAGUAACUGAGGUAACGGCCACAGACGGAGAUAUUACUCCAGCCAUCUUGGUAUAUUCUCUAGAAACCUCGAGCUCUCCGGAUACAUAUUCUGCCAAGUUUGAGUUUGAUACAACCACUCGAAAUAAGAUAAACUUAAAAGGGGUGAUUGACCUUGAUAACAAUGAGGCCUCCACUUACAACCUUGUUGUCAAGGUAUCUGAUGGGUCAAGAUCUAGCACGGCAACCGUCCUCGUUACUGUGACAACUGUGAAUGAGUUCACCCCUGUGAUUACUGGUGGAACUACCUUCAAUGUGGGUGAAAGUGCAGCUGUGAAUGCAUUGAUAGCUACAUUUCAAGCAAGUGAUAAUGACACCGGCAUCGAUGGAGAAAUCAGUUUUUCAAUAUCAGCAGACAAUUCUGAUGGCAAUUUCAUCCUUGACAAAAACAGUGGGAAACUCCGACUGGCAAAGAGUCUUAAUUUCGAAACUAAGAAAAUCUACAGCCUUACCAUACAAGCUGCAGAUAGCGCCACAACCAAUCAGAAAACUGCUGAGUCUGUAAUUACCAUUAAUGUCCAAGAUGUCAGCGAUGAGUUACCAACAUGCUCCAGUUACUACUACUAUCGGACUGUUUUAGAAACAGUCAGCUUAUCAACACUGGUAGAGACCAUUGCCUGCACUGACGCAGAUGCCGUGGAUACGCUGUCUUUCACCAUUGAGCCUUCAACCAACCCUGCCAAUCAUUUUGCCAUCAACAACAAUACAGGAGCCAUUACUGUUUCCUCUGUCUUGGACUAUGACACUGGUGACAAGCAUUUUGAGCUGAAUGUCAAGGUUACAGAUGGCAAGACCAGCCUAGCUAUCCCAGUGGUCAUUGAUGUGACCCAUGUGAACGAGUACACGCCCACAUUCACCGCCGGCCAGGUAGCGAACGUCCUGGAAAAUGAGGCAGUGGGGAAAAGUCUCUUUAAGUUCACUGCCAGUGAUAAUGACACUGCCCCGGACAAUAUUGUCAGCUAUGAGAUAACCUCUACUCUAGACAAGUUCUCCAUUGACCAGUCUUCAGGAGCCAUCCAUUUGAUAGAAGAGCUGGACUUUGAAAAUACGAAGCAGUAUGUGAUUGAAGUCUUAGCAAGAGAUGGGGCAAAUGCAGAGGGCAGAGGCAGUAUAACUGUGAACGUGACCAAUGUGAACGAUGUGAGACCAUCCUGUACGCCAACUUACCAUGUGAUAUCCAUACCAGAAAAUACAACCCUGAAUUACACCCUUGUGUCCAACUUCAAUUGUGUGGAUGCUGACAGUUCGACCUUGACCUAUAAUAUCACCAGUCAGUCCCCUGUGAAUCGAUUCAGCAUUGAUGAUGCUGGCGCAACACCAAAACUUGUUCUAUCAGCCGCGUUAGAUUACGAGACACAUGCCUCAUAUAACCUGAAGAUCACAGUGUCGGAUGGACAGCUCUCCACCAUUAUUGACGUUGACAUAUCAGUCACUGACGUUAAUGAGGGAGGACCUCAAUUCCAGCUCGACCCAUAUGCUGCUAACAUUACUGAGAGCACGUCUUCAAUUGGAGAUGUCGUUGUUACAGUGGUUGCCACAGAUCCUGAUCUAGCAACCAGCAAGUAUGGAAAAUUGACGUAUUCAAUAAUAUCUGGAAACACUGGGAACAAGUUUCUCUUAGAUUCCAGCAGCGGGAAGAUAAUUCUUUCCGGCACACUAGACAGGGAGACUAAUCCUUCAUACUCGUUGAAGGUCAGAGUGUCAGAGGAGGAGGGCGGGGGAACUGAUACAGCUGAUGUCACCAUUACUGUUUUAGGAGCCAAUGACAAUACCCCAACCUGUAUUUCUGCAAUGUCCUUUACAAAGAGUUUUGCGGAACCAGGCAAUGCAAACGAUAUUUUGUUUACCUUUAAUUGUUCUGAUGCUGAUGGCGAUAACUUGAAUUACGUGAUUACAACAAAUUGAGCUUUAACCUACUUUCAGAUAGUUGGAACACAUUUACAGUUGAGAGCCCCAAUUGACUAUGAAACUGUCACACAAACAGAAUUCAACCUGGUCAUUGAAAUAUCAGAUGGCACCAACAAAAUUGAAGUGAAUGGAAAUGUGAUUGUGAGACCUGUCAAUGAGCAUACUCCUGUUUUUACCCCAG